AUGGCAGACCAGGGUACUCCAAACUUCGAUUUCAUCCGCUUGGAAACCAAGCCAAGUGCACAGCUCUCCUACAGCUUCACUGCUUCUACAGGGACGAAGCCUAACCCAGCUCUUAUUGUCUUCGUCAAUGGCCUCGGCGCACCACAAGCAGGAUGGAUUGCAACAAUGAACAAACUCAAGGAACUUCCUCCUCAGGGUCUUCCGGCAAUGUUGACAUUUGAUCGCUUCGGACAGGGUCAGACUACUGAUCGUGAUCCCAACGAUGAGGGAGCCGCUGACCCAACUCACGCCCAUGACUGUAUGGCUGUCGUUCGAGAUAUUAGACAGCUCAUCACACAGAUCUUGAAAGAGAGGCUGAGUAUCGACGAUCCAGAUAGUUCCAGGCUUUUGCUAGUUGGAAACUCAAUAGGAUGUGCUCUGACUCGUCUCUACGCCGCUGAAUAUCCUGGCACCGUAGCGGGAGCCGUUCUUCUCGACAGCGUCCUGACGGACACAGACUUCGUCUCCGUCUUCCCUGACCCAGAUGCUGAAGGCUUCGACCCUGCCAGUCUCCCACCAGGUGUCACAGCAGACAAUCUACGGGUUGCCCGAGAAGAGACCGCGAAGCGCUUUCAUCCAAGUGUUGGCUCCAGAGAAGGUCUCAGCCGAAAGAAUCUUACUCAACUCCUUAGCCACUCAGACUCACCAGCUCUUCCUAAAUUCUAUGGCGAAAAUCCUUAUAUUACUGUUCUGGGCCAUAACUUCAAGUACUUUGCGGAGCGUACGGGAACAGACUUCAAUAUUCCUGGAGAGGCGGUACAGGCUUACAUGAAUACUUACUGGCACCGUUACAAUGAGGGGCUGGCGAAGUUGACGAGCCCAGAGAGAAGUCAGGGACCUAUUCAGGUGCCGAAUGCGGGUCAUUUUAUUCAACUUGAUAAUCCGGAGUUCGUGGCCGAGAAGCUGCGCGACAUGUUGCAGAAAUUGGCCGAGGCAUAA